GCCGCUGCCAACCCCGCUGUCCACGCCGCUCGCGGAGGUCGUUUCACUCUCGCAGUACGCCGCGGAUUGGAGGCGGAGGAGGUGAUAAGCAAUUUAAGUUUUCGGGCAAACGAACAAAUUUGAUUCAGAGGUUGAAAAAUGAAGACACGCGACAACCUAAUUGCCAGUUCAAGCAAAACCCAAUUCGAGGACAAUGAUGUUGAACACGAAUCAUCCUCUUCUGAAAUUGAGGAGGAGGAAGAGGAGAUAGAGCGCGAGCUCGCAGAUGUGACAAUCGAAGAAAUGCUAAAAGCGCGUUUGGACGGGUCACAUUCGGUGUAUAAAAAGCCAAAUCAAGAAAAGAAAUCUGGGCGGUUGAACAAGAAUAGGCCGACGGAAGUGAGUAGCAAGAAGCCGGUGAGUAGGCUCAGAGAGGUGAUCCAAGCUCCCAAGAGGGUCACACGUGACCCCCGUUUUGAAUCUUUAUGUGGUACAUUUGAUCCGAAGCAGUUUAGGAGCAAAUAUAAUUUUCUAUUUAAGAAAUAUGAUCAUGAGAUAAUUGAGGAAGAACAGAAGAAAUUAGACAAAUCCAAGGAUCCAGAUGCCGUCAGUAGAUUUAAAAGCAGCAUAUCUUGGAUGAGAGGCAAUCUUCCUGCUGAAAAAGAGAAACUACGGAAGCAAUUACGGAAAUUGAAUGAUCCCGAAGUCAUUGGUGAAUUAAAGAACCGCUUAUCUUGGAUUGACAAGCAGUUAAAAUCUGAGUCAAGUCGGCAAACUGAGGCAGCAAUUCUGGCUGAGCACAAGAAGAAAGAGAGAGAAGCAGCGAAGAAAGGGAAACAGCCAUUUUAUCUCUCGAAAAGUGCACUUCGGCAGCAAAGGCUUAUUGAGAAAUAUGAAAAUCUCAAGGCAUCAGGCAAGCUUGAUGCCUUUAUUGAGAAAAGAAGAAGGAAAAAUGCUGCGAAGGACCACAGAUACAUACCUUAUCGCAGGUCCAACGACAGUGAGCAGUAAAAUUAUUGGUUUCACAAGUUUUGGUUGAUUCAGAGGUUUAUAUAUUUUUUGGUGGUAACAUCUACACUUUGUGGGGGCAGUUGGGGUGACCUUUUUUUUGGGAGUAGUACUACUAUUUAUGAUGUCACAGAAGAACAUGAAAAAGGAGAAAGGAACUUGUCACUGCAAUUUAGGUUUCAUUUUGCUUCA